CAACGGGUUGAUGAGGCCAGGAAGGCUCCGCUUACUUUCCACGAAAUCAACCCUAAUUUACUUUUGCGGACGCAAAGGGGAAAUGGGAUUAAAGUAAGGCCACUUAAUUUCAAGCCCUGCAGAGCAAGGAGACAGAGAGAGAGAGAUCGAAAGGGAAGCAUGCUACUGAAGAAGCUGAAGAUUGCUGCUGCUCUUGUAGAUCCUGGCCGGAAAAAGAGAGAGAGAAAGAGAGCAUUUCUAGAGAAUGGAGGGCUUGUAUUGGAGAAGCUGGUUGCCUGUUGUAAUGGCAGGCCUAUUCCCAUCCGUACCUUCUCCUACCAACAGCUUGUCUUGGCAACCAAUAACUUUGAUCAACGCCUCAUUCUACGUAAAGAUGGUUUUUAUACACUGUACAAUGGUUCUUUUGAAGGCCGAAUACUUUCCAUUAAGAUGUAUGAUGACUAUAAGGACUUGGCCCUAAUGGAUAUAGGUAUUUCUGCAAAGGCGAGCGCUCACAAAAAUAUUCUAAAAUUGGUAGGAUGCUGUCUCGAGACUUCAAUUCCGAGUUUAGUGUUUGAAUAUGCUCAAAAUGGAGUCCUUAUCGAUCAAAUUUAUGUCUCUCAACGACAAGGUACGCCCAUGCUGUGGCAGAGAAGGUUAAAGAUUGCAAGACAGAUUGCUCAUGCAAUUGCGUAUCUCCACAUUGGCUUCUCCAGACCCAUCAUCCAUAGAGAUAUAAAACCGCAUAAUAUCUUAUUAGACCAGCAUGAUGUUCCCAAACACUCAAAUUUUUCACUUUCUAUUUCAAUUCCCGAGGGUGAAACUCACGUGGAAGAUGAAGUGAUGGGGACUUAUGGUUUCUUAUGCCCUAGCUAUAUUUCGACAAAUAAGAUAACAGAGAAAAAUGAUGUCUAUAGCUUCGGUAUGGUUCUAUUAGGGCUUUUAACUGGACGGCGUCCAUAUCUUUUUGCUGAUGAAUAUCUUGGAGAAGAAUCAGAACUUGAACCUGGAGAAAAUAAAUUUCAACCUUUGAAAGUUUACUUGAGUAACCGUGCUAUGAAUGAGAUUGUGGAUCCUGCAAUCCUAGCAGAGGAAGGAGGAGCUAGUUUGGAGCAGCAAUUGCAAGCUGUGCGGCAACUUGGUCUCACAUGCGUAGAGGACGAUCCAGAGAUAAGGCCGACGAUGGUGGAUGUUACGAAAGAACUCAGGCGGAUUGAGAGGAUUGUUUAUUGACUCAUGCAAAAGGCUGAAGAUCAUGCCGGGCUCUGAUGCCAAUGGCUUAGCUCAUUAUAGGAACUUUGUACUUUCUCUGAAACUCUUGAUUGCUUUGUGGUCGUAAAGUUCAAUGCUUGAAAUUGGUGCCAGAAGAGGAAGAAGAUUUUAAAGGUGAUUGAACAAAAUGACAGGAUGGUUCUAGGCUGGACGAUACGCUUUGUUCUGAUGCACAUCCUGUUGUAGGAGUUCAUAGUCCUAGUAAAAUCCUUGUUGUUUAAGGUGUUUUGUGUUUGAUUAAAGACCACUUGGAUACUAUUCUUCCGCUGUGUUUAUUAACUUUUGGAUAGCCUAUGUUCUUAAGUAAUUUUUACAACCA